AUGCUAACAGAUGAUGCAUUAAAGAAGGAUGAUGGAGAAUAUAUAUACUGUCUUAUAAGAAGUAGGGAUGACCCCAAAGCAGCCUAUAAUCCAUAUGAUCUUCAAGUAGUCUCUGCAAAUAUGGCUAGACAAAGUAAAGAAUACUGGACUAUUAGUGCCUCAUAUGUAUCCAAGAUCAUCUAUGAAGCUUAUGUCAGAACCUUGAGGUACCCCACUGCGCACUUCCCUUCUUGUAGAUAUAGUUUCUUUAACGACUACAUGCUGAGUGUAGUUGGCCAGCCAACUAUGACUCCAUCUGGUGUUGCCCCUGAAGCUCCUCAGCAUUCAGAAACACCACUGGCUUCUUCUGUGACAUCCUUUUGUGAGGGUGCCAUAGCUGCAGCUGUAAGGGAAGGUUUUCAAAAAGGGGACAUCCCUUUAGAGGACGCUUCUGCCUGUUUCCCAAUUGAAAUGAUUCCGGACCCAAACAAUCCGGGCCAAAAUAUUCCAAAUUAUGUCCCCAUCCCUUACAAGGUUCUCAGAGACCUUAAGUCUGCUGUCUCCUCGUAUGGGAUCACCUCUCCGUAUGCACAAGGGAUGUUUGAAACCACAGCUAAUACUUACACUAUGACUUUAGAAGACUGGAAACUGUUGUGUGGUAUGUUGAUGACCCCUUCCCAACUUUCUAUUUGGUCGUCUCAAUAUGCUCAUGAAAUUCAAAAAGCCAUUCACAGGGGUUUACCUGCUCUUGUGACCGAUGCCCAUUUGUAUGGCACAGGUGCCUUUCUCACGGCUCAACAGCAGGUUACCUCUCCAGCGGCUGCUUUUACCAUAAUUUCUCAAGCAGCCGUGGCAGCCCUGAAAAAGGUGGAUGAGGCAUCAUCCGCCCCCCUUAAAUCUUUUUCAAAAAUUAUACAGGGCUCAAAUCAGGCAUACUCUGACUUUGUCGAUGACCUGCAAAAGGCAUUGGCACGUCAAAUUGAAAAUGUUGAUGCUAAAAAUGAAUUGCUCAUGAAAUUGGCUUAUGAACAUGCUAAUUCGGAUUGUCAAAAAGUUCUGCACCCUCUUGUGAGCAAACCUGAUGCCACCAUUGCCGACUACCUGAAGGCUUGUCGGGUGGUUGGCACUAACGCCCAUAACAUGGAAAUUUGGGGCAUGGUCAUUCAGGGAGCUUCCCGAAAUAAUCCAAAAUCAGAUACCGGAGCGGACGUUUCGAUCAUCCGUGAGGAGGAGUGGCCACCUGAUUGGCCUACUGAAGCGUCUCCCGCAGUCCGCGGCGUAGGCGGCAUCCAAACGGCAAAAAUCAAAUUUAACAAUUCCAAACCUGCUUCUCGCUUUCAAUGGACAGUCCUGCCUCAGGGAAUGCUCAACAGCCCCACCAUGUGUCAAUAUUUUAUAGAUAAAACUUUGCAGCCGUAUCGGAAGGCACAUCCUCACUUUUUAAUUUACCACUAUAUGGAUGAUAUCUUGAUAAAUAAGUCUUAUACAUACACAUUGGAUAAAUUUUGUGAGGAACAAUAUCAACAAAGUCAACAUUCUUUAUCUCAAAUCCAAGCUUUUAAAGAUAAAGUAAUUAAAGUAAUUAAAACCUGCUUUUUAAAGGUGGCAAAAAUGAAGGGAGCAGAAACACUUUUUCAGCAUCCACUGCAUGAUUUCAAAGAGAAACCAAAAUACUUUGAGAUAGCUGAAUGGCGGCAUAUUAUGGAACGCUUUUCUAAGUUUGUUAAGCUUGUAGAUAGAAUCUUUCAAGAAUUCCUUCGCAGAUUGGUAAACAAUGCCUUAAAUACUCUUUGGGAGAUAUUUAAAGGUUCCAGUAAUAUGACAAUUUCAAAAAGGAAGACAAAUGAAAGCCUUAUGAGAUGCCAGUGGGUAUAUGAAAAUGAGCAUUUUGAAGAUACUCGGAAAUUAUUGCACCGUUCAAAGAAAUCAGAAGCACAACGUGAAAUUGUUACUGUCAGUGAUAUAGAUAAGAUCCUAGAAGAAGUGAAAAGGGAACUAAAAGGAGAAGAGGAAUAUUCCCCAAUAUUUGAAAUAAAUAUUUGUCUGAGAAUUCCCUAUGAAAAGGAGUAUCAUAGAAAAUAUUACCAAAAUGAUGACGAUUAUAUUGCAGAAUCUUCUGCAGAAUCUUUGAAGGAAACACUAGACUUUGAUGAAAUUUUGAACAGCUCAUUUGAAGAUGAUAGCAAACUUGAAGAAAAAUCAGAAAGUACUACAGAAGAUUUGGGUACAUUCAGGAAUGAAGAAGAAAUAAAGCCAUUGAGUCUGCUUCUUCCUCUGGUUCCAGAUGCAGGGAUGGUGAUCUCUCGGCUUCGUUGUCACAUGAGCUCCCUGGCACUUCCAACCAUCCUUCGGUUUUUGGCGAAGAAGAACAUGCGGCAAGAGAUUCAGAUCUCUCGGAAGAUGGAGGGCUUCCCCCUGACCCACCUGCAUUUGUCGGCCAAGAGAAUCGCUGGCAUACCUUCUCCUAAAGCACCUCAAGGGACAGAAGCGGACAAGACGGACACUACCGAUCCCCUCUUCAUCCAGCCUAAGGUUGAAAAGGAGGUGAUUCCGUCUCCCAGACUCUUCAUAGACUUGGUCCAGAACCAAUGGGCCUCACCAGGUACAGAUCCUCUCCCCAAUACCUUGGACAAGCGCCUGUAUAACGUGGGACCAGAACUCACCAAGGCCUUAGAGCGUGGCUACAUCUGCAGCGUGGACAAGGCAGGCCUCGGUGGAAGAGAUCUGCAAGGCGGCCACCUGGGCGACCCCCAAUUCCUUUAUCCUCCAUUAGAAAAUGGUCAGAUACACGUCGGUGGAUGUGGCAUUCGGAUGGCGAGUCCUCCAACAAGUUCUCCCUUCUUCAAACUCCUAGCCCAGUAUCAUUCCCACCCGGGGACAUGCCCAGCUCUGGCAAAGAAAAUUGCAGGCAUCCCAGCCCCAAAAGCAUCUCAGAGUGCAGAAGCAGACAAGACUGACACCACCGACCCACUCUUCAUCCAACCUAUGGUGGAGAAGGAGGUGAUCCCAUCACCACGGUUCUUCGUCGACGUUGUCCAGAAUCAAUGGGCAUCUCCAGGCAACCCUUCCCAAUGCCUCGAACAAGCAUACAGGAGAUUCGAGAUUCACUCUGUCCUAUCAAUUCUGGAGAGUGUUUGCAGACACGAUCUCACAUCAGUGGACCUUACGGAGGCUUACCUCCACGUGCCCAUCCACAAACAGCACAGGAGGUUUUUCCGCAUUGUCCGUGCAGACCUCCAUUACCAAUAUCGGGCCCUUCCCUUCGGGCUGUCCUCAGCCCCAAGGGUUUUCACGAAACUUCUGUCUGUCGUAGCCGCACAUCUGCGGGCCAGGCCCAUCCGGAUCUUCCGCUACCUGGACGACAUCCUUUUGUUGUCUAGGUCACACACCCAGGCCCUCAGGGAUCUCCAGGACACCCUUCAGGUUUUAGAUGAUGUGGGGUUCUCCAUCAAUCAGGAGAAGACUCACUUCGUCCCCACUCCUCGCGUGGUGCACCUGGGAGCCCUCAUAGAUUCAUCCCAGGAGCUCCAUUCACCACCCAGAUCUACGCUGGCUACGCCUAACCGCUUGGAGGCUGAGCGGGCGGUCCUGAGGGCAGAUAACCUUUCCAAGACUGUGAUCCAUACGAUCCAAGCCUCACGCCACCCAGCUACCAAUAGGAUAUACGAAUCUACAUGGCAGACCUUCGUUAACGGGGUGCCUGGGCGAGGGGAGGACCCAUUGAAAGCUGCAAUACCCCAGCUUCUUGAAUUCUUGCAGCAGGGCCUUGAUAGAGGACUUUCUCCGAAUACCUUGCGGCGGCAGGUGGCAGCUCUCUCCUCAGUUCUCUCUCUCCACCGAGAUGAACCCCUCUCCUUGCACCCUCAUGUCCUCAAAGGGGCAUCCAAUAUCUGUCCUCCUGUCAUACACCGAUUCCCCUCCUGGUAUCUGACCAAGGCCCUUGACUUCCUUACAGAACUGCCCUUUGAACCCCUCAGGGCGGCAACUCUGCACCACCUCACUCUCAAGACUGCCUUUCUGGUGGCCAUAACAUCAGCACGGAGGGUGUCGGAGUUGGUGGCCCUCUCCAUCCAGGCUGACCUGUGUGUCUUCCACCCAGACCGGGUGGUACUUCGCAUCGACCCCAUCUUUGUUCCGAAGGGCCUAAAAGCCUCUCCGUCCAUGAUUGGACGUUGGAUCAGAUCUGCCAUUGCUCAGACUUACAUCUCGCAUCAUCUCCCUCCUCCACCCAAGAUUACGGCUCAUGUCACGCGCAGCGCAGCCACGUCAGCGGCAUGGGCACGGCAGACCUCGGUGGAGGAGAUCUAUCAAGUUACACCAUUUUCUCAGGAUUCUCGCCUUUCAAUCUUCAUUGAUCAGUCAUUACAUAAAAUAAUGCAGCAAUGUGAAGAUUACACAGAUUUUGAACCACGAGAUUAUCAAUCAACAUGGCCAAACUGUGAUCUCAUUCUUGGGACAGAUCCAGAUUACCAAAACAAAAUUCUGGAUCUUCUCUCUCUUCAGAGUUCUUCACUGGCCCGAGUAGAAUCUUACAGCAGUAACUUUAUGGAUUAUUGCAGUAUGAUAGAUAAAGCAAAAUAUACAAAUGACAAAAUAGUAGCAUUGCAAAGAGAGAUGACUACAAACGAGUUUAGAAAUAUUCUAGAAAAUUAUACAGUUGAUGUAAAGGAGAUUGUAUGUAUGCUUAUUGAAAAACGCAUCUCUCUGUUUAGAGUAAAUAGUUUGAACUUUCAGACAGACUGCCUGCCAUAUUUUGAGUGUCUGCUUAAGACUAUUUAUUUGAAAUUUUAUAUAGCAAUUGAUACAAAGAAUGUACAUCUUGUUGAAGUCACCCAGUCAGCGGUAACAAAGUUGAACAAAGAACUAGUAACAGUGGAUGGAUUUGUUGAACAUUUGCUAUAUCUUCAGGAAAUUUCCUUACAACUACCAAAUAUAAAGGUUGACUAUCAUUAUCUUUCUCAGCUCCACUUCAUUGCAAAUGAUUAUAACAUCUUUAUUCCACAUCAGCAGCUUGCUCUCUAUCAAACUGUUGUGCGAACACUCCAGAAUCUUCAAUCAACUAUCCUUAUCUGUGAAAAAAUGAAGGAUGAUUAUGUUAUAAAGUUUAAUGAAACUUUGGGAGAAUUUAUGGAUAAUUUACAGAUUGAAAUGAAAGAAUACAAAAGCAAGGUGAGAAAUCCUGUCCUCCUCCUUAGUGAAACCCUGCCUAAGACAGCUAAAGAAAUGAUUGAAAAUCUUAUUGAAGAAGCAGGAAUUAUCAGUGAGAAAAUUUUAAAUUAUGCAAAUUACCAGCAUGUGCUUGAUGGUGCCAUUGGAGACAUGAAAUCAUUGUCUAUGGAAAAACUGUCUCACAGAAGUCAGGCUGGAGAUUCUCAGAGAGUGAAUGCUGAACUCUCAGAAAUUGAAGGUGAACUACAGUUGCGUAAAUUGUUAUGGGACUCGCAUGAAGAUUGGGCAAAACGUAUCUUUAAGUGGAAACACACAAUCUUUUGGAAUCUUGAUGUAGAUGUAAUUCAAAGUGAGGUUAACAGAUUCAUGCAGAGAAUUCAUAUUCUUGAAAAAGGCUUGCCAGAAAAUACUAUUUUACCCACUAUGAAGAAAUCAUUGUUGGAUUUUAAGGAAUCCUUGCCUAUAAUCAUAUCUUUAAGAAAUCCUAGUCUUCAACGAAGGCAUUGGGAAACAAUACAGAAUAUUGUUGGAGAGUCAAUUUCAUGGGAUAAAAGACUUACUCUGGAGAAGAUCCUGGAACUCAAUAUGUUUCAGUAUAGAAAAGAUAUUAAUGAAAUAUCCAUAAGAGCUUCCAAAGAAACAAAUCUUGAAGUAAUGUUGAAAAAAAUCAUUGGCCUUUGGAAGAAUACUGAUUUCCAUUUAUGUCCCUAUAACACUGAAACAUCUAAUAUUUUUAUAAUUUCAUCCGUGGAAGAUAUAACUACUCUGUUAGAAGAGUCUCUGAUGACAAUCUCAACCAUUAAAAGUUCUUGUUAUGUUGAGUCGAUUAAGAAUCUUGUUCAUGCUUGGGAUCAUAAGUUAAACCUCAUUUCCUGUACUCUGGAGGAAUGGUUAAUUUGUCAGAGACACUGGAUUUAUCUAGAACCAAUCUUUCAGGCUUCAGAAAUAAAAAGACAACUUCCAGGAGAAGCCAGUCUCUUCUCUGUAGUUGAUAACAAAUGGAAAGAAAUCAUGGCAUUUGCAGCAGAGACUCCAAAUGUUGUUAAGGCAACUACAACAAGUGGAAUUUUUGAAAUACUGCAGAGCAACAAUGCAUCACUAGAAAAAAUACAGAAGGCUCUUGAGGAGUAUCUUGAAGUUAAACGUAUGAUUUUCCCAAGAUUUUAUUUUCUCAGCAAUGCGGAACUCCUUGAAAUAGUAGCUGAAAGUAAAAGUCCUGAUGUUGUACAGCCUCAUCUUAUGAAAUGUUUUUCAAAUGUGAGGAAGUUAUAUAUACGGCCACAACAUCAGACACCUCCAGUGGUUUUAAUGAUUAGAUCUGCUGAAGGAGAGAUUCUUCUAAUACCAAAAGGUGUCCGUAUUAGAGGUUCUGUCGAACAAUGGCUUAAAAAUGUUGAGAAUACCAUGUGCAAUAUGGUAAGAAAGUUUAUAGAAGUUGGAAUUACAGAGUGGAAUCAAAUGGAAUUUAAAGAAUGGUUUUUUACCCACCCAGGACAGGUGAUAUUGAUUGUGAGUCACAUAAAGUUUUCUCAGGAAUGUGAAGCAGCUAUGUUGAGUUCUAAUUCAAAAAAGGAGAUGAUAGAAGACCUGGAUGAUCUGAUCAACGUUCUAGAGCAGCUUACAGAAAUAGCAUCAGAUAUUCUUCCCUACCACAAGCAAAGCACUUUAGAAGCUUUGAUUUCUUUGUCCAUCCAUAAUAGAGAUAUAUUACAUUUAUUGAUAGAUCAAGAUAUUGGCAUUAAAGAUUUUGAAUGGACAAGGCAAUUGCGUUACAAAUGGCAUGAUUGCAACCUGUGCACAGUUAUUCAAGGUUAUGCUUCCUUUGAAUAUGGUUAUGAAUAUUUAGGCUGCUCUCCACGAUUGGUUAUCACGCCUCUUACUGAUCAAUGUUGGUUAACCAUUACUGGAGCACUACAAUUAAAUCUAGGCUGCUGUCUUGCUGGGCCAGCUGGUACAGGAAAAACAGAGACAGUUAAAGAUCUGUCAAAAGCUUUGGGAAAAUUCUGUCUUACAUACAAUUGUUCUGGAGAUUUGGAUGAUAAGGUAAUGGGAAAAUUGUUCUUAGGGCUUGUUCAAUCUGGAUCAUGGUGUUGUUUUGAUGAAUUCAAUCGGAUUGAUAUAGAAGUCCUCUCUGCAAUUGCUUCACAUCUUCAGGCAAUUAAGGCAGCUAAAGAUAGCCUCAGUGUCAGAUUUGUACUGGAAGGAAAAGAAAUUCGUCUGAAACCACACUGUGCAAUUUUUAUUACCCUGAAUCCUGGAUACAAAGGUCGUGUGGAACUUCCAGACAACUUAAAAUCAUUAUUUCGUCCUAUGUCAAUGAUAAUACCAGAUUAUGAACUCAUUGCUGAAAUAAUGUUGUUUUCAGAAGGUUUCAGAUCAGCAAAAUUACUCUCAGGGAAGAUAAUAAAUCUUUACCAACUUUCUAGCAAAAGACUAUCACGACAGGACAAAUAUAAUUUUGGCAUGAGAGCUAUAAAAACUGUAUUAAUAAGAGUUGGUCAAAGGCGUCAAGAGUUUCCUGCAAUAGAAGAAACUCUAAUCACAAUUGACAUACUGAAAGAAGUGAAUUUACCAAAGUUAAUUGCUGAGGAUGUUCCAGUAUUUGAACAUAUUAUCAGAGAUCUCUUUACAGAAAUGGAAGUUCCAAAAGUAAAUCCUAAACGAUUAGAGGCUCGUGGUGGUGUGAUGCUUGUAGGCCCCACAGGUGGAGGAAAAACUACCAUCAGAACAAUUUUAGAAAAAGCCUUGAUAAUCUUUCCAUUAGUUGAUACGGAUAGUGCUUCCAAACUUGAUUGUUCUGGUAAGAUUUCUGACAGAAAAAGCAAAGUGGAUACUUUUGUUGUAAACCCAAAGUGUGUUACUAUUGAUGAACUCUUUGGACAGACAAAUCCUAGUACAAUGGAAUGGUCAGAUGGAUUAUUAUCAUCAGUAGUAAGAGGAUUUGCUAAACUUGGGAUCAAAAGAGCUAAAAGAAAAGAUCCAAGCCUUGGUAUUAAUUCAGAAAUGCAGGAUUUAUAUACACUGAAUACAGUGAAUAUAGCUGAUGCAGUUGUGCCUGAUGAAGUUGGACAAUCAAUAGAGAAUAUUCAAUGUGAAACUGCUGUUGACUGGCAGUGGAUUAUCCUGGAUGGUCCAGUAGAUCCACUUUGGAUAGAAAACUUAAAUUCUGUGUUAGAUGACAGCAGAAUAUUAUGUCUUGCUAACAGUGAAAGAAUUUAUCUAUCAUCAGCCUUCAGAGUGAUAUUUGAAGUGGACAGUGUGUCUGAAGCCAAUCCAGCCACAAUUAGUAGAUGUGCCAUGGUUUACGUGGACCCUGCUGAUUUGGGAUGGGAGCCUUAUGUCAAAACAUGGCUGCAAGGAAUUUCUGAAAUAAUACCCAAAAAUAGUAUUGAAUAUCUUGAAAGUUUGUUUCACUCAAGUAUAAAGACAGGGUUAACUUUUCUAAAUAAACAUAAGAAAAUGCAGGCAUUUCCUGUACAUCAGUUGGGGAUAGUAAUGAACAUUUGCAGAAUUAUUGGUUCAUUUAUUCAUGUAAUAAAACUAAAUCAAGAAUCACAAGACAUCUUCCCCACUGAAUCUGCCAGUUUCAAACCAAGUUCCUUUGAAAAUCUGGUGGAUGGUGAGAUAUGGUUUUGGGAAAAAGAGCCUAAUAAAAUGCUCAUAUUAUUGGAGAAAAUUUUCAUAUUUGCAUUUACUUGGGCUGUUGGAGGAAUUUUAAAACGAGAGGAAGAACAUGAAGGUGAAACUCUCAUUGAUAUAAACACUAGCCAAGAUGAACUUGCACAUGUAACAUGUGACUUCAAUUACCUUGUUCGGGAAUUAUUUGACAAAAAACCACCUACUAAUAUUCAGAUGCCAUCUGGAGAUAAAACUGUUUUUGAUUAUUUUGUGGAUUUACAAACAGGAGAAUUUGAACCAUGGGGACAUUUAGUUCCUAGCACACAAUUUCUUAUCCAGAAAGAGACAUCAGAUCUUUCCGAUAGUGAUAAUAACAUGUUAGAAAAUCAAGAAAAGAAAAUGGAGGCCUCCACAUUUAUUCCCAAUAUUGAUACAAUUCGUCACAGCUUCCUAGCAAGUCUUCUUUUAUUGUCAAAACAUCCAGUACUGAUUAUAGCUCUCAGCUCAAUAAGAGAGGAUUCCUAUGUUGAAGAACCAUCUUCAGGGCCUAUCAUUUGUAAAUUACAAUUAUGUGCCCAUACAAGUGCAGCUCAAACGAAGAGUUUGAUCACCCAGAAAUUAAUACUGAGAAGUAAAGAUGUCAUGGGUGCUCCACAAUCUAAACAAACACUAUUGUUUAUUGAUGAUUUGAACAUACCAAUCACAGAAGAAUAUGGAUCCAAGCCACCAUUAGAAUUCAUCCGUCAGUUUGUGGAGAUGGGUGGAUUUUAUGACGUUAAACACCUUGAAUGGAAAUAUAUUAAGGACAUUGCCACAAUUGCAUGCUGUACACCUCUAAAUGUAGGAAGUAAUGAGAUUAGUACUCGUCUUCUAUCCCAUUUUUGCAUCUUAGUUUUGCCUACAACUUCCUUACAGUCUUUGCAACGUAUUUUCCAGGUACGUCUGGGAACAUACUUUUACAUUAAUAGAUUCUUGGUUGAAGUUCAGAAGUGUACAGAUUAUUUAACGUGUUGCUCUAUUGCACUGUACUAUAGAAUGCUGUAUAAAAUGCUUCCAACACCUGCUAAAUGCCAUUACAUAUUUAAUCUACGAGAUCUUUUUAAGGUACUUGAAGGACUACUUCAAGCCCACAAGUCAGUCAUUGUCUCAAAAGAAACAACAGCAUUAUUGUUCAUACAUGAAUCUACUCGAAUUUUCCAUGAUCGUCUAGUUGAUCUAGCAGAGAAGGAGACAUUUUAUCAGUUUCUUUCAAAUGAGCUCCACAAUUAUUUUAAAAUUUCCUGGACAAAGGAGAAGUUGAUGGAGGAGUCUCCUCUAUUUGUAGAUUUUCUAGAUUACACUGUACCUUUAGAUAGGAGAAUAUAUAGAAAUGUACCUAGCCGGAAGGUUCUUCAUUCGACACUGGAAGACUAUUAUAUGAGAAUGCAAAUAAAAGAGUCAGAGAUCUCCAUGGUAUUUUUCAAAGAAGCAGUACAGCAUGUAGUUAGAGCUGCAAGGGUUUUUCGGCAACAAAAUAGUCAUAUGACACUGAUUGGACUGAAUGGCAUUGGAAAAGCAACCUGUGUAGCCUUAGCCUGUUAUAUAUCUGAAUGCAGUAUCUGUAGGUUAUCUACUUCCUAUAGUUACACCUUUGCACAUUUUCAAGAGGAUAUUAAAAAAGUCUAUAAACAAGCUGGAGCAGAAGGCAAGAGGACUGUUCUUCUUAUUACAGAUUCAGAUAUAAUUCAAGAAUCAAUUUUGGAAGUCCUAAGUUGUAUUCUGAAAUCAGGACAAGUACCCAACCUAUUUGAGAAGGAUGAGUUGAAUAACAUUAUUGAAUCACUCACAUCAGCUUCCGAAAUGACUAAGGAUUCCAACAAAUUGGAUGAUAUGUAUUCCUUCUUCUUACAUAGAGUACGCCACAACCUUCAUAUAGUUUUGACAGUAAAUCCUACAGGACUGGUUUUCCGUCAAUAUAUACAGAUAUAUCCUGCCAUUGUGAAUUGCUGUACAGUAGACUGGUAUGAAAAUUGGCCUGAAGAGGCACUUUGCCAUGUAGCAAAAAGUUAUUUUAGCCAAAAUGAGACAUUGAGAAAUGAGAAUUUAAGAGAUAUUCUUAUCCCCAUGACUGUUAAUAUUCACAAGAAUGUAUCUAUAAUAAUUGAGAAAUACUUGAAGGAAACUAAAAGGCACUAUUACAUCACUCCCAAAAGUUACUUGCAAUUUAUAAAUACUUUUUCCACAAUAUUGAGGACCACAAAAGAGAAAAUGCUGAGUGAAAGAGCUUGCUAUCAUUCUGGUCUGACAAAAAUCUUGGAUGCAACUUCACAGAUUACAAAUAUGCAAGAUGAAUUACUUGUCCUUGGACCUCAAAUAGAAUCAAAAUCAAAGGAAAUAGAAGCACUUGUAGCUAAACUUCACAAAGAUGCCUCAGUUGUAGAGCAAGUUCGAACUUUGGUUAAAAAGGAUGAAGAAACUAUGACUGCAGAAACUAAAAUUGUGGAAGGGUAUGCUAAGCAAGUAACAGAAGAACUCAAUUCUGUAUUGCCAUCUUUGGAGAAGGCCCUUAGUGCUCUUGAUGCACUUGACAAAAAUCAUAUUGCAGAAGUUAGAGUAUAUACUCAUCCUCCUCCACUUGUUUUAACUGUUAUGAAUGCCGUCUGUAUUCUUCUUGAAAAGAAACCAAACUGGGCAACAGCAAAAUUACUACUUUCAGAUCCAGGAUUCCUUAAAAAAUUGGUUACAAUUGACAAAGAUAAUUUACCAGAAAAGGUUUUUCUGCAGUUAAAAAAAUAUGUGAGGUCACCUGAUUUCAGCCCAGUGAAAGUGGGACUUGUGUCUGUUGCAUGUUGCUCCAUAUGCCAGUGGAUUUUAGCUCUGGAUCACUAUCAUAUUGUUAAAAGGUUUGUAGAUCCAAAGCAAGCAAAGGUAGCAGAAGCAGAGGAAUUACUGAACCGUGCACUUAGUAAAUUAGCUGAAAAACAAAGAUGUUUAGCCCUGAUUGAACAACAUCAACAAAAUUUAGAAGCAUUGUAUGAUGAAAGUAUUGCUGAACAGGAAAAACUUGCAGCCCGAAAAAUUCAAACAACUCGUCGUUUACAUAGUGCAUCUAUAUUAAGUGUAGCUCUAAAGAAUGAAAUGGAACGCUGGAAAGAAUCUGUUAAUAACCUCGAUCAAAGAUUGCAAGGAAUUGUAGGUGAUGUCCUUAUAUCAGCAGCUUGUAUUGUCUACAGUGGAAUUUUAUCAGCGGGGUAUCGUCAACAGCUAGUUGAUGACAGUUUGAAACUCUGCAGUGAUAACAAUAUUUUGGUCUCUCCAAAUUACUCAUUGGUUAACUGCAUGACAGAAAAGAAUGAGGUCCGCAGAUGGCAAAAUGCAGGCUUGCCACAUGAUCAAUACACCACAGAAAAUGCAAUACUUGUUAAACAUGGAGAACGGUGGCCUUUACUAAUUGAUCCAGAAAGGCAAGCUUACAAAUGGAUAUGUCAAAUGGAAGGCAGUAAAUUGCGACAAACCAAUGCUUCAGAUGCCAAAUACUUAAUAACAAUUGAAUAUGCUUUACAGUUUGGUGAAUCAGUCCUUCUGCAGGAUUUUCCUGAAACAUUGGAUUCAAAUAUAAAAUCAAUCUUAAGCAAGGAUAUCUACAAAAAAGGAGGACAAGAAUUCAUUAGAAUAGCAGAUUCUGAAAUUCAGUACAAUUCAGACUUUCGAUUAUACCUGACAACGCAGAAACCCAAUCCUCAUUUUCUGCCAGAAACAUGCAAUAUUGUUACAAUGAUAAACUUCAUUUUAACAUUCCAUGGUUUGCAAAAUCAGCUUUUAUCUGCAGUUGUAAAUAAGGAAAAACCUGAACUUGAAAAACAGUACUGCAAGUUGAUGGAAAGCAUAUCAAUUGAUCUGGUAGCACUACAUGAAUAUGAACAAAGAUCACUUCAACUUUUGCAAAAAACAACUGGGCACCUUUUAGAUGACCAAGAUCUAAUUGAAAAUUUGCAGCAAACAAAAAUUACCUCAUCAGAGAUUUUUCAGCGUGUAGCAGAUUCAGCAGCAACAGAAGUCACCAUAGAAGGAUUGCGUAAAGCGUAUAUUCCUAUAGCAACUCGUGGUGCUGUGCUCUAUUUUGUAAUAUCAGAUCUUAUACACAUCAACCAUGUCUAUCAGUUUUCACUGAACUGGUUUCAUAAGAUCUUUGUAGACUCUAUAGAUAAUGUGAAGAAAAGGGAAAUUUCUCUCAGUGAUGAUCUUUCAAGUACAAAAAUAAGUGAAUAUAAGGUGCAAAGCAAAGAAACAAUAACGGAAAGUGAAACUGAGAUAGAUCACUUCAAAAUACAUAUUAAUGAUAUAAUUGAGACACUAACAUAUCAUGUCUACGAGACAGUUUCUUCAGCUUUGUUCAAUAAAAAUAAGCUAUGCUUUGCUUUCCUACUGUGCACCGCAAUCAUGAAAAAUAAUUGUGGUGAAAAUGUAUUCACAAAUAAGCUUGGAUUUAUAUCAGAGAAUGAGUGGAAUUUCUUCCUGUACUCUCGGAUGAUAGCAAACAUUAAGCAACCAUCAAUCUCUGACUCUGCUGACUCGUGUGUAUUUAACAAAACUGCUCCAUUCCACUGGAUAAGUGAAAUGAUGUGGAAAGAAUGUCAGUACAUGAGUACUCAAAUACCAGCAUUCAACCUAUUGUGCAGUUCUCUGUCAACAUAUCCUCAACAGUGGAACGAUUUUCUAGAUAGUGAGAAUGUGUAUGAUUUGAUUAGUACAUGUUAUAGACCAUUAUCACCAAAGCAAGAGUCAGAAUCACAGCUAGGAAGAGAAAGUGAGGAGGAGGAGGAGGAGAGUAUACAUGUAAUUUUUCCUUGGGAGAAGCUUUCUCCAUUUGAAAGACUUAUAUUGAUAAAAGUUCUUCGUUCAGAAAUGUUAAACCAAGCAGUACAAAUAUUUGUAACUGAGAAAUUAGGAACUAGGUAUUUUCAGACUGGAGGAAUUAAUUUAAAAGGAAUGUAUGAAGGAUCUGAUUCUACAACUCCACUAAUUAUCCUCCAUACUCAUGAGAUAGACAUUACAGCAAUUGUCUUGCGCUUUGCCCAAGAAAUAAAAACAAGUACACAAAAUCUGCAAAUGCUAUCUCUGGGACGUGGCCAAGGAAGCAAAGCAGAGGAAUUGAUAUAUAAAGCACAAAUACUGGGUGAACAGUGGGUAUUCCUUCAGAAUUGCCACCUCGCAACUUCAUUUAUGCCAAGAUUGUGCAAAAUUGUUGAUUCCUUUAUCCUACCUGAUACAACUAUAAAUCCAGGAUUUAGACUAUGGUUAAGUUCAACAUCAGAUAGAUCUUUACCCAUAUCUAUCUUGAGAAGCGGGCUAAAGAUAGUAAUAGAAACUCCACAAGGACUAAAAGGAACAUUACUUCAAACUUUUGGAUUUGGUGACACUGCUGUAGUAACAGAAACUAUAUUUAAUAAAACCAACUGUGGGCCAUCAUGGAAAAGAUUGUUGUUUAGCCUAUGUUUCUUCAAUGCUGUCAUUCUUGAAAGAAAGAAGUAUGGAGUUUUGGGCUGGAACAUUCCAUAUGCUUUUAAUUCUUCCGAUUUAGAGUUUUCGAUCAAAAUAUUGGAAGUGCUCCUUGAGAAGCACCAAAAGAUUCCUUGGGUAGCAUUGCAUUAUUUGACUGGAGAAGUAAUAUAUGGAGGCCAUGUAACUGAUAAUUGGGACCGUAGAUGCUUGCUUAGCAUUUUAGAUAAUUUUUAUAAUCCUUCUGUAUUGGGAGAAGAUUUUGUUUAUACUGCUGAUGAGGUGUACCGACCAAUAUCUGAAGUAGAUAGUUUAGAAGACUGCAGAGCCUAUCUACAAUCUCUUCCAGAAGUGGAUUCUCCGGAACUCUUUGGAAUGCAUCAUUGUGUUGAAAGACAAUACUUAAAAGCUCAGGCAGAAUUAUUUAUUAAUUCAAUUGUCAGUACCCAACCAACAUAUAGCACAGAUAUUAUCAGUGAUAGAAUGGAGCAGGAUAAAAUAGUACUGGAAAUGGUAUCUGAUAUUCUAAUAAAGCUACCAUUGACUGUAGAGAAUAUGGAAGGGGCAUCUAAUGAAUAUGUGACUACAGAAAACGUAACCUUGAGAAGUUUCAUGUCUGGACCAAUUUGGGCUGCACUUGCAAAAGCUACAGAAGAUUUUUAUUCUAUUACCAAUUCACCUUUGCUACCUGUCUUGCGCCAGGAGAUUGACCAUUGUAAUAAUUUACUAUACUUAAUAAUUCAAUCAUUACAAGAGCUUCAGCAAGGAAUUAAAGGAAAAAUUAUAUUCACUAAAAGAUUAGAAGAACUUUAUAAUUCAAUAUUUAAAGGCAGAGUAGCUGUUCUGUGGGAGCAAAGCUCUUUUAAGACAAAUAAACCUUUAGGAUCCUGGAUUGAUGAUCUCAUUAUACAAGUGAAUUUCUUUGCGAUGUGGGCUGAUCGAAUUAUCUCCUUUAUGCAAGAAAGGUUUAAUGAUUUACUGAUGCUUCAGAGACAAAGCAAAAUACUACCUCAUCUUGGUGAAUAUCCUGAGUUUCAUGCCAGUUAUCAAGGACAUCCUAGCAGUUUUUGGCUUCCAGGUUUCUUUUUUCCACAUGGAUUUCUUAUUGCUGUGUGUCAGAAUUAUGCUCGGUUGAAUAAAGUAACAGUGGAUUCACUUACUUUUACACAUAAAGUGCUUCCUUUAACUCAAGAUGAAGAUUUAAGCUUCAAUAGAAGGGAAAACAUAUUAAACAAAGCUUUUGAGAUUACCGUUUUCCCAAGUUUCUGUGAUGAAGACCAGCUUUUAUAUGUAUGUCCUUUAUACAAGACACCUCAAAGAACAGGAAUGCUGUCUUCUAUGGGUGCAUCUACAAAUUUUGUAACUGAAAUUAAUCUGCCAACUCUGGUAACUCCUAGCCACUGGAUAAUGAGAGGAGUUGCACUGUUAUGUCAACUGGAUUAG